AUGCAGUCCCGGGAAGACAGUCCGCAUUCUGCCCGCCUUGCCAGUGCCGGCAGAAGGAGGCGGUCCAAUAGGAUUUCCAAGCCCUCGGUGUCGGCUUUUUUCGCGGGAGCGGAGGAGUUAGAGGAUACUGGACAUUCUGCAGCCCUCCUGGCCCAGCUCAAGUAUUUUUACGAUGCGCGAAUGCUGUGUGAUGUAACCAUCGAGGUGGUGACACCCGGCAGCGAGCCCGGCACCGGGCGCCUCUUCUCGUGCAACCGCAAUGUGCUGGCAGCAACGUGUCCCUACUUCAAAACCAUGUUUUCAAGCGGUAUGUGCGAGAGCCAGCAAGCCAAGGUGACCAUCUAUGAUGUGGAUGCUGAGUCUUUCGAGGUCUUGGUCAACUACUGCUACACGGGCCGCUUGUCCCUUACUGAGGCCAAUGUGCAGCACUUGUACGUGGCCUCAGAUAUGUUCCAACUUCUGUAUGUGCGGGAAGCCUGUGCUUCCUUCAUGGCUCGCCGGCUUGACCUGACCAACUGCACGGCCAUGCUCAAGUUUGCCGAUGCUUUUGACGACCACAUGCUGCGCUCACAGACCCAGGCCUUCAUAGCUUCCAACUUCAAGCAGCUCAGCAGGAUGGGUUCCAUUCGGGAGGAGACACUGGCAGAUCUGACCCUGGUGCAGCUGCGGGUGAUCCUGAGUCUAGAUAGUCUGGAUGUAGAGAGUGAGGAGACGGUGUGUGAUGUGGCCCUGCAGUGGCUCGAGGCUGCUCCUGAAGAGCGAGGCCCCAGUGCUGCAGAAGUCUUUAAGUGUAUUCGUUGGGCACUCUUCCGUGCAGAAGAUCAGGACUACCUGGAAGGGCUACUGACCAAGCCUAUGGUGGAGAAGUACUGCCUGGACAUUAUUGCAGGGGUCCUCCUGCAGCUGCGUUUUGGCGAUCAGUCCUACAAGGCAGUAGCGUCCGAGCCAGACAGCAGCAAUAACUGCAGUUGCAGCAGUUCUGUUGUUUCUGUAGCUGAAAAUCCACCCCGAAGGUUGGGUAUGUGUGCCAAAGAGAUGGUAAUCUUUUUUGGACACCCCAGAGAUCCUUUUCUCUGCUAUGACCCUUAUUCUGAAGAUAUUUACACAAUGCCAUCUCCUUUGAACAGCUUGGCACACACUCAUAACAUUACCUCCUCGGCUGUUUGUAUCUCUCCAGACUAUGACAUCUAUCUUGCUGCCCAGUUCAGGAAAGACCUAUGGGUCUAUAAGCCAGCCCAAAAUUGUUGGCAUCAACUGGAAGACCGCUUGCUGUGUCGGGAGGGCAUGGACAUUGCAUACCUGGAUGGCUACGUUUAUAUUUUGGGUGGGAGAAAUCCAAUUACUGGAGCUAAAUUGAGGGAAAUGGAAUGUUACAGUGUUCAGAGGAACCAGUGGACACUAGUCGCUCCUGUACCCCAUUUCUUUUAUUCCUUUGAACUAAUAGUGGUUCAGAAUUGUCUUUAUGCUGUCAACAGUAAGCGCAUGGUCUGCUAUGAUCCUAGCCAUAAUAUGUGGUUGAAUUGUGCCUCUCUUAAGCGAAAUGACUUUCAGGAUGCCUGUGUCUUCAAAGACGAAAUCUAUUGUAUUUGUGACACGCCAGUUGUAAAGGUCUACAACCCAGCCAGAGGAAAGUGGAGGCAGAUUAGUAAUAUUCCAUUGGACUCAGAAAUCCACAACUACCAGAUUGUCAAUUAUAAUCAAAAGUUGCUGCUCAUCACUGCUACCACCCCUCAAUGGAAAAAGAACCGUGUGAUAGUCUAUGAAUAUGAUACUAGAGAAAACCAGUGGAUUAACAUAGGUACCAUGUUAGAUCUUGUGAAGUUUUUCUCUGGCUUUAUUUGCUUGAGUGCUCGAGUUUAUCCUUCCUAUCUUGAACCUGGUCAGGAUGUCAUCACUGAGGAAGAGGAUGCAACGAGUGACUCUAGCACUGAAUGCAUCUUCUACGAAUUCAAUGACUCGGACUCUGAGUCAGGAACUUCAAGUUCACUUUCUGAAGAUGAAGUAUGGGUUCAGGUUGCACCUCGGCAAAAUACACCAGGUAGCCAGGGGCCUUUGUAA